GUAAUAUUCAUGAAUAAAAAGAAGAAAUAUAGGUUACAGCAGGUUAAGGGUAAUUUUUUUAUAUUAUUUAAAAAGCAAUUAAAAACAAAACGAAAAAAUUAUUUAUCAUCUUGCAAAAUGAACCUCUCAGCUGUAUGUUUUAGAAGGACCCCAGUCGUAAAUUCCUCGUUAAAGACAUGGGUACGAGGUUUCAGCAGUAGCAACGCUGAAGAAAAAAUCGAAAUUCCAAAUAGGAUACCUAGAGGUCCAACAGACAUACUCAGAGCAUUGGAGAGUACAAUAAGUAGAGACCCUACUGCAUCUCACUAUAAGUACCACGAUGACCCAUUCUUAAUUCCUAAGUCGAAUGUGAGUAAAAGAACCUUUGCAAUGGCCCAAGAAGCAGGUCGUAAGGCAGCUCACUGGAUAAGAAAAGAGCAUGCAGAUCUUUUCAAUCAUCUUGAAGCUGAUCCUAUUGUACCUUCGUUUUUACCAAAACUAGUAUACACUGAAGAUAGCAAAGUAACAGAAGAUGAUUUGAAGAAAGUAAUUCAAGAUAUCCAAAUUUUGGAUGCACAGUUAGUUUAUCAGUUGUUGAAGAAACAAGGAGUAGCGAUAUCUCCUGAAACACAGCAAAGUCUGUUAGAGUUAGUGUGUUAUUUCAACAGUGAUGAUACAUUGCCUGAAGAAUUUAUUGAAGAGAGAUGGUUUAAACAGAGUUCUAAUCAGAAGGAGAGACAAAGGAAGACUUGGAAGGACGGAAGUUUUGCAGAGGAACUAUUCCAAAGCAUAGAAAACCCAACAGCUGAAUCAUACUCAGCUAUGAUCCAAGGUAUGUCCAAGUACUUUCAAGUUGACAGAGCUUGGAAACUGUUUGAAGAAGCCCAACAGAAGGGCCUCAUUCUUUCCACAAACACCUAUAACUCCCUUCUGAAAGUAGCGAAUUUUCUCAAAGAAAGUUUUGAAAUGAGAUGGACUUUCAUAGUUAAUCUUUUGUCUGAUAUGAACAGAGCAGGUGUCAAGCCAAAUUUGGGGACUAUGAAUGCUGUUUUGCACUCUCUGAGUACCAUGGGUAGAGGGAAAGGUGUCAGGGAAUAUGCCUUGCAAAUUUUAGCCGAGUUUAGGGGACUUGGUGUUGAACCGUCUUUAGGAACUUGGUAUUAUGUGCUGAUUACAUAUUGUAAAGAGAGAGGACCUAUUAGCACCAUUCUUCAUGAUAUAAUGCCUCACAUUGAAAAUAAAGUCCAUAAAAUCAAAGACCAGAGUGAUACCUACUUCUUCGUCACAGCCAUGGACAUAUGUAGGAAUCACUUGAAGGAUGUGGAGCUGGCUAAAAGAGUAGAUAAGUUGCUGCACUUUGGAUCCAACUAUGACCUUAUAGGAGACUCUUACAAAGAGUCGAUAUACUACCGUCACUAUUUCGUGCUUCUAGCCACUAGCAUACCGUUAGAAGAAUUCAUGACUACCACAUAUGAAAUCCUAGUACCUAAUAUUUAUGUGCCAGAACCAGGCGUCAUGGCAGAGGUCCUCAAACAAGUCGAACUGAAUGGUGCUAUAGAAUAUAUACCCAAAUUGUGGUCUGAUAUGACAGUAUUUGACCAAAUCGAACAAGAAAAACUAAUUGAGUCGAUUACAGCUAUUAUGGUUAGUAAUGUACCUGACAAAAGUUCUAGUUUGAAUGAGAACUUUGCUAACAUCGCAUGGGAUAUUCAUACUAGGGUUGAAAAUCAGAAUAUUAACAAGGUUAACAAGCUAAGUUUGACUGGAAACCUUCUUGGAAGGAUACUGUUGCUCAUCUUAAGAAAUAACGAUUUCGAAAAGGCCUGCAUAAUCAUGGAUAAACUGGAUAAGGAUCAUCAAAGUAUCGCUGGCGUACCAGAAAUUGAGGCUUUAGAAUGCUUUAUUGAUAGCUGUAUUGAGAGGAGAGCGCCAUCUAGAGCCAUCGCAUGUAUCCAGUAUUGUGCUGACAGUGGAUUCCAGGAAGCUGGUAUAUUUGCUGCGAAGCUUAACGAGAAACUAACACUUGAUGAAUCACAUCUGAAUAGUCUAUCGAGGAUCGUAGGUGAUGUGAAGCUGGCCAAAGUCUCAGACCAAAGUUGAGGAUUAUUUUUGAUGUCGAGCAGUUGAUUUUCUGGCUUUAUUAUGUUUAAAUCAAUGCUGCAACGAACAUAAGAGUUUGGAGUAGUGUGAAAGUGUAUUUUUAAGAAAGUAAGUGUAUAGUAUGUUAAGUUUUGUAAAUAAAAAAUGAAAUCUUU